AUGUCUGGUGCCUCAGCAUCUUCUCUUGACCCAGCGGACGCCGCCCCGGCUUCCUCCUCUUCUUUGGGGUCUGCUGAUGCAACGGGGGCCUUGGAUUUGACGGGCUUAGCCGCCACUUGGGACGGGGUGCCGGCCAUCCGCCAACGCCUGCGGGGCGGCGAGCCCCUGUUCUCGCAGGUGUCGGAGCGGAACUUGGAUAUCCGAACGCCGUCAGCCUAUGUGGCAGUUUUGAAACCGAUCUUGGAAAUCAUGCGUGAGAACAACAAGAAGCUCCCCUCCAUAGACGGCUUGCGAGAGGAGGUGAAGCAUGUUUAUCAGCUGAACCAGCGGGAGAUCGUAAGCUCUGAUGUGGAUCAUGUUGCAUGGAACUUGCGGAAGUAUGCAGGGUUCGUGAAGAUGAAAUGCCGCAAACAGCAACCCUCCAACGACACUGGAUUCCAAGAGCUUUGUUUGGACCUGGACCCCGACCUGCAGGAGGUCGUUACCGAGAUCAACGAGAGGAUGAUUCGCUUCAACAAGACUUGGGACGAGGAUGACGUGGGCAUGGAUGAGGAUGCCUACGAGACGGAGGCUGCAGAGGAUGAGCAGGGUGCGCCGGAGGAGGAGGCGGCACGGGAAAGCGGGCCGGGGGAGGAUGCUCCGCCUGGGGGGAGCGAUGUGGUCGACCUCACGGCCGCGGACGAUGUUAAGGAGGAGCCGGCGACAGCCCCGUCGCAGCCAGAGCUGCCACGUGAGUACCACAAGAUGGUGGAGGUGUCCAACAAGCUUGCGGAGGCCAAGGAGCUCAAGGCGAAGAAAUUGGCCCUGGAGACGGGUGCCCCUUUAGCUGAGAAUGUUAAGAGGUGCAAGACCUCCAGCGGUGUUCCCGCAGGAUAUGAGGAGGUUGCGAAGGAAGGUGUCACCUCCCUCCACCCCUACGACUACAGCAUCGUGAAUGCAGAGCACAAGAUCUUGAUGAAGACCGAUCAGGCUGAAGGCAAGCGCGGGCGCAAGGCUCCAACCAAGAACGUUGCUGACGAUCGCAAGGCUGGACACAAGGCCGAUGCUGGCGAUGAUGAGGCUACUGCUUCUGCUGAGAAGCGGGGGCGUGCGCCAGGCAAGCGUCGUCGCAUUCUGAAGGCGAAGCGCAAGAAUACCAAGACCCGCAAGGAUCUUUCGGAUUCCCCAGCUUCGAAGUCCUCGAAGAAGGACGACCAGGCAUCCCCAGCUUCCACGACCAAGGCCAAAGGGAAAGCCAAGCGGAGUACGGACGACCAUGCAUCCCCAGCUUCGACAACCAAGGCCAAAGGGAAAGCCAAGCCGACGACGGACGACCAUGCAUCCCCAGCUUCGACAACCAAGAAGAGCAAGGCCGCGAAAGCCGAGCCGGAGACAGAAUCGGCCACCAAGAAAAGGAAAGCCGAGCCAGCGACGGACGACCGUGCAUCGAGCUCCCCAGCUUCGAAGUCGAGUGCCCCGGCAGAGGACACAGUGGCUGCUGGUGGGAAGCCCAAGCCCAAGGCCAAGGCGAAGUCCAGGGCAAAGGACUCAGAGCCGAAAUCCAGCAACAAGGGAAAGGGCAAAGCAAAGGCAGCGAGUGAGGGAGAUGGGGCGCCAGCCAAGACGCCGAAGCCGAAAGGGAAGGCUAAGGCAAAGGCCGGUAGCCUUCGCCCAGCGGUUUCCAAGGACAAGGAGGCGAACGCUGACAUUGAUGAGUACAUGAUGGACCGCUUCCAUGCCUAUGGCCGGCAGUGUUACUCCCAGGAGAAUGGUUUCGACUUGGAGACGAGGAAAAGGCUUCGCUCCUGCCUUUCCUCCUUCGAGAAUACCAAUCUGAUCAUCUACUGGACGAGGCCUGCGGUUGCCCUGAAGUUCAAGAAGCACGAGCGCAACAAGGACUUCUUUUACAACGCCUUCCCCUGCCCCGAGAAUGUCUGCUACCGCAUCCACAUGCUUGUGUCCAUCCAAGUGGGCAUCGAGAUGGCAGAGUACUUGGAUCACCUCUUGGAUUUGGAGCCUUUGGAAAAGAUGGAGGGCUUCGCUGAGAAGGGGGUUGCCGUUCUCUUGGAGGAUCCUGAGGUGACUGCCCACUACGAGAUGGUUCUCUUGCACGGUCGCAAGGCCAUGGAGGAUUUGCUCGAGGACUCUGAGAUCGAGGAGUUCGUGGCGUGCCUGCUAUUGGUGAUCUUCUCGGUGAAGAACCUCGAUCAGGACUUCGAAUUCCUCGAGUUUUUCGCUGGCCGGGCCAACCUGACGUACUCUAUGCGACGGUCGAAUCGGAAAUCCGGCCGCUUCGACAUAUUGUACAACUCUAGGUUCCACAAAGGUGGUAAGCUGAGGACCGUUGUCCUCAUGUACCUGGUCACUGUUGUUGGUGGAAUAUGGCUGCUAGAGCAACCUGGUGGAUCCUGCCUGGAGUUCUACCCCUGUUUCCGGGAUUUGCUGUCUGCACACUGGAACGUGAGCGGUGCACUUGCAGCUGUCCGUGUUCGCUGGUGGAUGGCACAUUACGCGGGCCGCUUGCGACGGAAGGAGUGGAGUUCCAAGCAUGGAAAGAAGCAGCCCCAAACUGUCAAGAGAGGCGGGGUUCCUUCGGCCGUGGAGACCUUCAGAUCCAUGCAGUACAACCAGCAUGUACAGCCCCCGAUGCCGAAGGACCUGGACGAUCCUUAUCCGCGCGGCAACGCGGACGAGCAGGACAAUCUCAAUGAUUGCGAGAUCAUCAGCAGUCUGCAAUCGAUGCUAGGCCCUGCUCUGAUUGCUGCAAAGGCCGAGCCUGAUCAGGAUCUCCAAGGUCAGGUUCCUGUGCCGGAGACCUCCACGUGCAAAGAUGCCCAGCUUAGGGGAAGGCCCGUGGCGACACCCGUGCGCACACAGUGUGUCAAGGGUGAGCUGCCCGAAACUACUCGGACUGCUUCAGGGGCUCAGGCUACCGAGGCUAGCAAUGUUCAGGCUACCGAGGAUGCUGAGGCCUCGAGCGGCGACCCUGUCCGGAAGCGUGCUCUUGAUGAUACUCAGUCUGCUGAGAACCCGGCAGCUGCAAAGCGGCUGAAGACAAGGCGAUACACUCGGCAGGCACACUGGAACAAGGGCACGAAGGCGAAGGAUGAAUUGGCGGAGCUUCUGAAAAGUUGCAACUUUGUCAGGGACGAAUUCAUCGCGACCGUUGAACGCAUCGUCGUCAAGAAGGAGAAGAUUACAGUCAAAUUGGACCAGGGAUGGUCAAACCUCUACGACGGGGUCCUGGAAUACUGGGUAACGGUUCGGGAGCGGGGGGAGAGGAAGGAGACGCUUACGCGGGAAGAGCGCCAACAGCAGAAGGAGAAGGCCUUCUAUGGCGCGGCGGUGGAGCUUCCUGAUCAGAGCUUCAAGGGGGUCGGGCAAAUGGAAGAUCGCCUGAAUCGAGAUGCUGCCCAUGCUGAACAGUCCAAGGAAGCUGACCAGUAUGCUCAGGAGCUGGAAACCCUGAAGAAGUUUUCCGACUCCAUCAACAUGAAGUUGAAAAAGCUGGCCGAUCAGAAGAUUAAGGUUGAUGUGCCACGACAGGUAUCAUGUGGCCUAGCUGAGGUGUAUGCUCGGUGCCAGGCACUCGAUUGCAUCCAUUUCCAGCUUCCUGCAGGAAGCGGCUCGGCGGGAAACGUGCUAGCCCAUGCUUCAUCUACCAUUGAGCAGCUCUUCCGUGAGAGUGCCCCUAUGGUGUUCAAAAUCGGCUGGACUCACGAUGCUGCAUGGAGAUGGUGCAACACCCUUUAUGGCUACCUCCACGAUCCUCAUGAUAAAUGGCAGGCCAUGGUUGUGCUGUACCUGGCUAGGAACCCCGAUGCCCCCGCCAUGCUGGAGGCUGCAUUAAUUGACAAGUUUCAAAGCAGGCCUGGGUGCCGCAAUGUCAACCGUGGUGGCGACGGCAUUAAGCUGGACACCUCAGGCUGGCUCUUUCAAGCGGAGGGCAAAGUGAUGUGA